AUGGACUACACGCUUCAGGUCGAGAAGCCGACGCUCCCUUGCAUCGUGCUUGACGAGCUCUUUGUGCAGCCUGCGCCUGCGACCCUCAGUUUUGCGUGCAAUGUACCAAACCGAGCGUUGCUCUACGCCAAGAAGACACUCUCGGACCCUGCGUCCGGCGCGACGCUGGCGACGCUGAGUCGCGGCAGUAGCGUCUACUCUUGCUUACCCGAGACGUUUGUCGUCACGAGUCCGUUUCUGCUAACGCCGGCAACCAUCGUCAAUUCAACGGGCUGGCUCACGACGACGAUUUCGCUGCGCUGGCGCCUCGAUGACGUUGGCACCAAGCUCUUUAUCGACGGCAAGUUUUACUCUUCGAAAGCCACCGUGACGCUCGUAACAUCGGAUGGCGAGACGCUGGUCGUCGCAACGACCGACGCCAACCAGGUCGUGACGGUCGUGCCCGGCGUCGAUACGGCGGCGGUGCUCUUGCUCUGUCGCACGUGGUCGCACUCGCAGACCGACUUGAAGGUGCUCUUGCUGACGCUGCUGCUUCCUCUGUGUAUGAGUCUUGUUGCGUGUGUGCUUGGCGACUCGUCGCUAUGGAUUGCAGCGUCGGUCCUGUGGCUGCUCUAUCUCGUCUUUUCGCUCGUAUGGACACGCCGCUUUCGAGGUUAGAAAAUCGCUAAAUCGUUCAGUCAAAUCAAAAUGAAAUGACUUGGG